AUGUCUUCCUCCUCAAGUGAUGAAGUUGAUGAAGCUAUAGAAGAAAUGGUCGACCAAGUAGUUGAUAAUUACAUCGACUCAAUAGUUGAGGUUCAAGCCAACAAGCCAAAAAGACGAGUUUAUAUCGACAGAGAUCGGGAACAAGGACACAAUCAACUAUGGAACAAUUAUUUCAAGGAAAAUCCUACAUACCCACCGGAAAUGUUUAGGAGGUGUUUUCGAAUGAACAAGCCAUUGUUCAUUCGCAUUGUCGAACAUAUAAGUAAGGAAGUUCCAUACUUUCAGCAAAGACGAAAUGCUCACGGAAGGAACAGGCUAUCUGCACUUCAAAAGUGUACGGCAGCUAUACAUAUGCUGGCAUAUGGUCAAUCGGGAGAUACAUAUGACGAAUAUCUCCGACUUGGUGACAGUACAUCACGUUUGUGUUUGGCAAAUUUCACUGAUGCAAUAAUACAAUUGUUUGGAGAUGAGUAUCUACGAAAACCUACUGCCGAGGAUCUUCAACGAUUACUCGAUGUUGGAGAGGUACGGGGAUUUCCGGGGAUGAUAGGCAGCAUCGACUGUACCCUCAACGAUAUCAAUAUUCAUGAUCGGUCACCUGUUUUUGAUGACAUCUUACAUGGUCGAGCACCUAAAGUUAAGUUCAAGGUCAACAACCACACUUAUCUAGAGAACGAACGACACGGAUACGCUCAAAUUGAUACUUCUGAGUUCGAGUCAGGAGAAUCAAGCAGAAGUUCGAGGGUGACAAAGAGAGAAAGUAUUCAUGUCGGUGAUAUGUUAGGCAUGCGUAGAGAAGUUCGAGAUCCAGAGAAGCAUGCUCGUUUGAAAGCUGAUUUAAUGGAAAAUAUAUGGCAAAAGUUUGAUGAUUAA